AGCCUCCUCUUCCAACGUCACAUUGUGAGAGAGACAAAACCCAGCGCGCCCGAGCUCACACGCGCACGCACACACAGACGACCCGGGCGCCUCUCCUGUCCUGGCGCCGCGAGAAAGCCAGCCUUCCCUCCCUCACUGGGGCACGGGGCUCCGCAGGCUCAGCGCGCAGCCCCAGCCAACCCAGAAGCCGAGAACGCCGGGGACAAGCCUCCUUUCUCCCCUGCCUGCCCGGCUGAGGCGCCCCACCCCCCCGCCCUGAACCCCGAUCUUUCCCACCCGAUCCCUCUAGGUUUCACGUGGACAGAGCCCGGAGCCCGGUGUGCCCCGGUUUGGAAUCAUCGUUUCAGCACUUCGGACAGCGCCCCGGGAGUGGCCCUUGGGUUGGCGAUGGCGAGCGUUCAGCAAGGCGAGAAGCAGCUUUUUGAGAAGUUCUGGCGAGGAACCUUUAAAGCGGUGGCCACCCCGCGUCCUGAGAGCAUCAUUGUCGCUAGCAUUACAGCCCGCAAGCCUCUGCCAAGGACCGAACCCCAGAGCAGCCCCAUGGUUCCAGGUCAGGAUGGGCCCUCUGCAAAGCUGAGCCAGCAUCUGGCCACGGAGGCCUCGGGCACCAGCUGGGAGAGAGACAAGGCCUGCCGGGAGCGCAGUCCUGCGAGGGCACGCAGCGCCUCCCGCGACAAAGACCGGACGCCACCACCGUCCUCCAGGGGGAAGAAGAAGAAGAAGAAGUCUGCCCGGAAGAGGAGAAGGAGGUCCCCGUCCUAUAGCCCGUCGCCUGUCAAGAAAAAGAAGAAGAAAAAUUCCAAGAAGCAUAAGCGAUGCAGGUCGUUCUCCAAGAAGCGAAGGCACAGCUCCUCCAGCCCAAAGAGCAAGAGGAGGGAAGAGAAGAGGCACAAAAAGCAAUCGCGAAGCCGGCCCCGAAAGUCUCACCGCCACCGCCACCACCACAGGCUCUCGCGAUCCCAGAGCUCGGAGUCCCGGUCCUCCAGCUGCGAGACCAGGCACCGCGGCCGGUCCCCGGAGGAAGGGCGGAAGUCUCGCCACAGGCACUCCCGCCGCUGCUCCAAGACCCUCGGCAAGGCCAGCCCCCAGGCCCGGUCCAGCCACCCGCCCAGCCAGCCCCUCCAGAUGCUCAGCCUCCUGUCGGCCAGGGGUGUAAUCACUGGCUCGGGGUCUGCUGCUGACCUCUUUACCAAAACAGCCAGCCCGCUCGCCACCCCUCGCGGACGCUCCCAGGAGUACGACUCAGGCAAUGACACCUCCUCGCCGCCCUCCACGCAGAUCAGCUCCAGCAGGUCGCGGGGGCAGAAGGAGAGUCCUGGUGGGGAACACAGCCAGGGCCUGGACCUCCACAGCGGCAACACCUCUGAUUCAGGGAACUCCUUCACCACCUCCUCGCCCCAGAACAAGGGGCCAGCUCCGGACAAUCUCUCCCCCACCAGCAGGGGCAGAGAGCCAAGGGGACUGCAGUCGCCGGUGAAGAAGUCCAGUGCCGUCCCGCCCACGGCCCAGAGCUCCCCCAGAAGAGGGUGCGCCCGCAGCUCCUCCCAUGCCAGCACCCGGUCCUCCAGCCACUCCUCCGGGUCCCCCAGCCCCAGGGCCUCCCCCAGGUACACCCGGAGCCAGUCAGCCUCCUCUGGGAAAAGGUCCUACUCGCGCUCUCCCAGCUACUCCUCCAAGUCUGGCCCAAGGAGCCCGCCCAGCAGAAGCUCUGGAUCCCGCCGCAGCCCCAGCUACUCCCGCUACAGCCCCAGCAGGGAACGGGACCCCAAGUACAAUGAGAAGAACUCACAGCAGCGGGAGCGGGAACGAGAACGCAGGAGACGGAGGUCCUACUCGCCCAUGCGGAAGCGCCGGAGAGACUCCCCGAGCCACCUGGAGGCGCGGAGGAUCACCAGCGCCCGGAAACGCCCCAUCCCCUACUACCGGCCCAGCCCCUCCUCGUCCAGCGGCCUCAGCAGCACCUCCUCCUGGUACAGCGGCAGCAGCAGCCGCUCCGCCAGCCGCAGCUACUCCCGCAGCCGCAGCCGGACCCGCAGCCGGACCCGCACCAGCAGCAGCUCCAGUUCCCGCAGCCCCAGCCUGGGCUCCCGCAGCCGCAGCCGCAGCCGCAGCUCCAGCUCGGCAGACAGCGACUCCAGCACCAGGCGCUAAGCGAGGCCCUCUGGGAGCCAGCUGCCUGCGGGCGGGCCCUUGCCUCGGCCAGCCCCGCUCCCUGCCCACCCUGCCUUCUUGGUGACAGACAUUGAGGGCUCCUGGAAUCUGUCCUUCCUGAGCUCCUGGGAGGAGGAAAAGAGGGGUCGGCCUCUACGUCCAGCUGCUAGGAGCCUCCACCAGCGCCACCCUGGGUUCAACUCAAGC